CUGUGACCGUAGAAUCACUGUGAUUAGCCGUGACAGGCCCGUGUCUGACAUAGCAAACCAUGAACUGCGUCCUGGAAGGAAACUCUAUAAAAGCAUUUGGGAAGGCUAUUCAUGCCCUGUCCCGGGUUGGAGAUGAGCUGUGGUUCGAUCCAACGGUCAAGGGGCUGGCCCUGAGAUCAGUGAAUUCUGCUCAUUCUGCAUACGCCUGCUUCCUCUUCUCGCCGCUCUUCUUCCAGCAGUACAAUCUGGAUUCAGUCAGGGAGCAGGACAGUGGACCAAUCAAAUGCAAGCUAGUCAUGAAGUGUGUGCUGCCGCUUUUCCGUUGUUCGACUUCUAUUGAGCACAGUGUGAAACGGUGUCAGAUAUCAGUCAGCACUGGCAGUGACCAAGUGAUUGUUCAGUUUUUCUGCAGACACGGCAUAACAAAAACCUACAAUGUGCGUUUCCUGGAAAGUGAGGCGCUGCAGGCAGUGUUUGCUUCACACCUCUGUCCCAAUGUGCUGAAAUCUCCUGCCAGGCUUCUAGGCGAUAUGGUGAUGCAUUUCCACGCGUCUCAGGAAGAAGUCACUCUGUCGAUGUCAGCCCCGAAAGUCAGUCUGAGAAAUUACAACGAGGGGAGAAAUGAUCACAUGAAGAUGAUGCACACUGAGAUGUCCUUACACCCAGACGAGUUUGACUACUUUCAAGCCGGAAUGGACUCAGACAUAACCUUCUGUCUGAAGGAGCUAAGGGGGUUACUGUGUUUUGCGGAGUCACAUUGCCUUCCGGUGUCGGUUCACUUUGGCACUCCAGGAAAGCCUGUGUGCUUCUCUGUGGAGGACAUGGUCCUUGAGGCCACUGUGGUGCUGGCUACGCUGGCUGACUUUGAAAGCAGAGGCCCCUCACAGCCUACAGAGACCCCAGCCCCGACUACACACAGCUGUGCAGAUGCAGCUGCUCUGCCUGUGGGUAUACAUGAGACUCAGAGCAACAACCUCCAAGUUCUUCCUGAUGUAACAGAGCUUGUUGAAUCCAGCCAAGGCAGCCCUAUAACCUACCCACCUGUUCUGAUGCAACUCCAAUGCCAGGGCGACAGUGCUUGUGCUGGAAUGACCCCACCUUCCAGCAUGAUCUGCUCCCUGCUGUUCGAGGCCAUGUCCUCAGAACCUGGUGAUGAUGAUGGUGCUCCCAGACUACCUGUCCUGGCAUAUUUCAGUGAUGAGGAAGACUAUCCGAGAAGCCCGUCACUCUGAGGGAAUAGCAGUCGCUAAUUAACAAUAUUCUUCUGUAAAUAGUUAUCAAAGUGUUAAUCUCUCCAGAAUAGUUUUUAUUAAAUAUUGUUUAUUGUUAAUGUUUUUUUUUCCAGUUACUGUUCAUUUGAACAAUAUACCAUCCAUGUUGUCUGUCAAUAAAAAUGUGCCAUCUCGGGAAGAUGCCACACCCAUCUGAUGGUAA